CUGGAAGGUUGUCGAGUGUGUUUUCGUUCGUUCGUAGCAUGGGCGCGAGUUGUUGUUGAUGUUGUUUCGUUUUUCCUCUCGUCAGUUCACUUGUCUCACGAGGCGGCGGACGACGAUGUGAAAGGGUCGUCGACGCACAAGCACCGACUUUCAGUUUUUUUCGCAAACCCGCCCCGGCCCCAACAACAACGAUGAGGACCACCCUGGCUGUCAGGAACAUCGGCAAAAUGCUCGACUUUUACUCGCAGUUCAACCCGUCGCCCCUCUCGACCAAGCAAUUCAUUGACUUUGGACAAAAUGCUUGCGAGCGCACGUCAUACAUAUUCCUGCGCAAGGAACUGCCGGUCCGGCUGGCCAACAUUAUGAAGGAAAUCCACCUGCUGCCGGAAAAUCUGCUGAGGAUGCCGUCGGCCACCCUUGUCAACCAGUGGUACGCUCAGAGCUUCAAGGACCUGCUGAAGUUUGAACAAUCGGACGCUUCAGACAAGACGCUGACCCAGUUUUGCGAGGCGCUAGUCAUGAUUCGCAACCGCCACUCAGACACUGUGCAGACCAUGGCGCAGGGAGUGCUCGAGCUGAAGGAGUCGCACCCCGUGGACCAACAGACUGAAAACAGCAUCCAGUACUUCUUGGACCGUCUCUACAUGUCCCGCAUCAGCAUUCGAAUGCUCAUCAACCAGCACACAAUGCUGUUUGGAACCGAGUUGAAUGUGGUCAGCAAUAGCCGUCAUGUGGGCAGCAUCGAUCCCAACUGUGAUGUGGUUGGCGUCGUCAGGGACGCUUACGAGAAUGCUCGUUUUCUCUGCGACCAAUACUACCUGGCCUCGCCAGAGCUAGAACUUCAUGAGUACAAUGGGUUGGAGGCUAACGCACCCAUCCAAGUGGUCUAUGUGCCAUCCCAUUUGUACCACAUGCUGUUCGAGUUGUUCAAGAACUCGAUGCGCGCCGUCAUGGAAUUCCACGGAGAAAAAGAAAAGGUUCCUCCUGUUGUUGCACAUGUUGUGGCGGCAAGCGAAGACGUUUGCAUUAAGGUCUCAGACCGUGGCGGAGGCAUUCCUCGCAGCCAGACCGACUUGCUGUUCAACUACAUGUACUCGACAGCCCCUCAACCUUCAAAGAGUGCUUCACCCACUGUUCCUCUGGCUGGCUACGGUUACGGCCUGCCCCUUUCUCGUCUGUACGCCCGUUAUUUGCAGGGUGAUCUUGUUCUUCAGUCUUGCGAAGGUCUCGGUACUGAUGCCGUCGUCUAUCUUAAGGCUCUCUCAAGUGAAGCCAAUGAGCUUCUCCCAGUCUUCAACAAGACUUCAAGUCGUUUUUACCGCACCUCGAUCCCAACUGGUGAUUGGAGCAACCAUGUCCGCCACUUGACAACUGGCACCCAGCCGAGAAUCAGGCAGCCCCAAGCAGCACCUUCAGGCCCAGAGCUGACCAAGCAAAGCGCCUCGUGUUAAUCUUUGGUGUUUCCUCUGACCCCAUAGCAAUCCAAAUUGGUGUUUAGUGUCUAUGGCUAUGUUGGGGUCUCAUUACCAACAUUAUUUUAGAGCUUUUUCUCUCUAAGUUGUGAUCUAUCAAAGUUAAUUUUAAUCUUUCUUUUUUUUUACAAAUUAUAUUUUGAUUUAAAUUUUACAACGAGGAAUUAUUUUAUGGUGUUUUAGUUGAAAUUUGGCUUUUCCUUGAUUGGUCGUUUGAGUCUGGAGGACGACGAUAUUGUUUGUUUUUUAUGCUAAGCAAUUGAAACCACACAUCAAGGAAAAGCGGAAUUUUGAUUUGAACAUCAUAAAUCAACCCUCGAUCAAGGAAUUCUUCUACAGAAUUAUUUUAUCGCGAGCUCUAGUGAGUUAAAGCUUUUUUUAAGUCGCAAAACAGAUUUAGUCUAGUCUAACGCAGGUAGCGACUUAUGAAUUCAUAUGAAUUGGCAAAUAAUAAAAAAUCAAAACUUUGAUAGAAUCAGUGUGGAAAAGAAACUGGCCACGUUUUGGUGGAGUAUUAACGACCACAAGAAGCAAAGAGUUGUAAUUAAUUUCUAACUUCUAAUUCUAAUUGAAAUAUUAAAAAAAAUUAUUAAAGCACACAAAAAGUGAAAAAUAAUUUCCAAUUAAUUGCAUGUAAAAGGCUGUGAUGUUAAAAUUAAUUUUGUUUGGGAUUUCUUCAAUACGACAAAUCUAUCAGCUCAAAGAACACAGUGGAGCAUCAAUGAGGCAUACUUGUUUCAGUGUUUAUGAUCACGAAAAUUGAUAAUUAUGCUGAAUCUGUUGUAAUCCAUUAUUUUAAAACUUUAGUUGUUUAGGGAAGACUAUUGAUGUUUCCAGUUGGUUUGCAUUAUAUGUUGCUCUUUGUACUGCCAAGCCAUGGAUUGUUUUCAGACACAAUGCGAAAAUUGAAGCUUGACAUUUUAUUUGAUAAUUUUUGGUGAGAAAUUUAUAUUUUGAGAAUAUGUCUAGACUGCUCACUAUCUUAAACUAUAAGUUACUAUGAUAGUUUUUUGUUUCCUUUAACAACAGAUGAAAUUCAGUAUCAAUAAAAACCUAUAUAGUAAUUAAA